AUGACAACGGAUGCUAUCAUACCCCACCACCAGUCAAGCUCCAAAUAUCGAUACAUCACGAUGGCUACAAUCCACAGUCUCCCCGUCGAUCUGAUUCUCAUGAUCGCCCAUAACCUCUCCCUGAAGUGCCUCCUCUCACUAUAUCGCACUUCCCGUCACAUCCACAAGCUCCUCGCCCCCACAAUCCAAGACAUCGCCCUCGAGGACAAGAACGGCGUGUGCGCUCUCCUCUGGGCCGCCCUCAACGGCCACGAACCCCUCGUCCGCCUCGUCCUCGACAAAGGCUCCACCUCAAUCGACAUUGAAUCCGGCUCCCGCGGGACCGCACUCCACCGCGCCGCCGGCAGCGGCCACGAGCGCGUUGUCCGCACCCUCAUCGAGAAGGGCAUCGACGUCAACAUCGUCGAGUCCGUCGGCUCCACCACAGCCCUCCACUGGGCCGCCCUCAAGGGCCACGAGGAGACCGUCCGCGUGCUCAUCGAGUCCGGCGCCGACGUCACGCUGCAGGACGCAGGGCAGGAGACAGCCCUCCACUGGCCGCACGCAGCCGCCAGGUCGCCGUCCUGA